GUGGCCGUCCACUCGUCCAGGAAGCGAGUGUUCUUCCCUUCCGCUCAUUUUCCUCUCCUCCGCCCGACCUCUCAGCCAGACCCAAACUCUCGUCGGAUCCUCCUCGCCGGUGCGGCUCCUCCCCGAAAUCCGGCCGAAUCCGCGGUCGUGGUUCCAAUGGAAGCCCAUAGGGAGAGCUCAGAGCCCGCCCCCGAAACGGCGGCGGCUGCAUCCGCGGCCGCGGCCGCGUCGGUGCUUGACAACGACGACCUCCUCCGCGAGAUCCUCCUCCGCCUCGACCUCCCCACAGCCCUCGUUCGCGCCGCCGCCGUCUCCAGGCGCUGGCUCCGAUGCGCCUCCGACCCCACCUUCCUCCGCCGAUUCCGCGCGCGGAACCCGCCCCGCCUCCUCGGCGUCUACGUCAACACCGGCCAAGCGCAGCGCCUGCGCUUCGUGCCGCUGGCGCGGGGCCCGGAGCUCGCCGCCGUCGUCCGCCGUGGCAGCUUCGAUUUGGGCGAAGAAGCCGGAUCCGUGUGGGACUGCCGCAACGGCCGUCUCCUCGUCUUCGUCGACGGCAAAUACGUCGUGCGCAGCCCGCUGCACCCUGAGCGGGGCACUGACAACCUUCCAGGGCCUCCGAUCCCGGCCGAAGCUUACACCAUCCUUCUCUACUUCAGUGACUUCUUGUUCCAUGAGAGCAGUGAUGACAGCGUGUCGUGCACUUCCGUGACAGUGAUGUGCACUGAGCGGCAAGCAUGGGUGCACCUAUCCGACUUACAAGCAGGAGUCUGGGGUGAAGGCCGCUACUCAGGCAUGAUAGAUAUACCAAUACCAGGAUCGUUGAGGGGAUGCGAGCACCAUGCGCUGCUUGCCAAUGGCAAACUCUACAUGAUAUGUUUGCCGCAUCACAUUAUUGGGUUUGAUUUGCCCUCCACGAGCUCUUUCUGUAUUGAACUCCCAGACGGAGUGCAGUACGAGUAUCUUGAAAGCAUUGGACUGUCCUGUGCCAAGGGCUCAGGAUUUUUCCUCAUCCACUUGAAGGGAUUUCAGAUUUCUGUUUGGCUCCACAGAACGGAUCACAGCAGCAUCGGUACUUGGAAGCUAAUAGAUACAAUUUUUCUGCCGCAGGCAUUUGGUCACCUUGCAGAGCUCACUUGGAGUUCGCUACCUGAUGUUGUUCGUGUGGCUGCAGCUGGGGACAAUGCUGACUUUGUGCUCUUGCGGAUACAAAAUACACUCUUCUACAUGCAUAUAUCAAGCAGGACAGUGGAGGAGGUAUAUGAGGCGAAUCCAGCCCAUGGUUUCUUGUAUGGGGUCUAUCCAUUUAUGAUGCCUUGGCCUCCCACCUUCCCAGUGCUGAAUGGUGGAAAUGAUCAUGAUCAGUGAUCCUUCAAGUCACUGCCCUGCUAAUUUCUUCAUAAUAGCUCCACAAGUACCCAAAAGCAAAGUGGGCACGAAAGGAGCAGGUUGGAGUUUGAAUAUUGAAAUGUGACAACCUUUAACUAUGCUGCAUUUUACAUGCCUCUUCAAGCGAGCUAAUAAGUGCAGUAAGUUUCAGGUAUGAAAAGUUGUUAAAAUUGUUUCUCGACUGAAAUUCCUUAAAUGUUCCAGGUUUAAUAAUCUCAAAUGAGACAUACUGUUCUUGUUCAAAUUGAUGAAAUAUUAACCCCUGGUUUCCAGGCAUUGUUUUCACUGCUGUAACUUGACCAUAAUGUUUGUUUCUAUGUAACAAGUCACAAGUUUGAGAUGAAUGUCUUGAAUACAAUCUCAGACAAGAAGUUUGUGUAUUUUUGAAACUUUAUUUGUUUAGAGAUCAAUUGAACAAACUAUUAGGUAUUUUGCAUGAAUAAAUGUUCUCUCGUGAACUAAUAAAUCCAUGUUUUAAUGGUUAUGUACUUUGAAGUUCGAACACUAACCAUUACAUUGUCAUAACAGGUUGAUGUCUGAAGUCAUCCUGUUUAUUAGAAAGCACUAAUCUAUGGAACCGCAGCAUUUAUCACCACUUUCCAUUUUGGUCAUCUAGAUGACACAAUUCAAUGAACUGAUAAUCCUUGUAUGUGGAGCUGAUAGUCCACUAGUUUGCCUGAACAUGCUGGUAUUUGUUGGUUAAAUGCUGAAAUUUGAAAUGAGGAUAUACGGAAUGAUUAGCCUAUUGUCAUCUUGCAAUAGCAAACAACUCGUCAUGCUUGAAAGUAGAGGUAGCUUGCUAUAAGAACAUGAGUAACUGAUAUUAUUAGAAACAGAAGCCAUUCAGCUUAUUUACAAUUCAUAUUCUUGAUAAUUCAAUCGCUUCUUAAAGCUGAAAAAGGGUGCGAUCACUGUGUUUUUAUAUAACUACCUAUAUUUUUUGUAUUUUUAUUUUCCAUUUUGUUGUGCUAAGAUAGUUAUAUGCCAAAUGGGGAAAUAACUCAAGGCCAAAGCCACCAUAUUUUCUAUGACCAUUUGUGAUAUAUAUCUUCAUGGCUGACCUGCCAUCAGAAACUUGAAAAGUAAUAACUAUAUUGUCCAGAGAUGUAUACACUAUUUCUUAUUACUUUUGUAUGUCUUAUUAUACUAAGGUGCAAGAUUGUAAAAUAGUAACAAGACAUGAAGACAAGUUUAUCGACAGCAUCUUUGCUGAUGGCUUCUGCGUUGAGAAUAUGGAUUGUAGGGUGAAGGAAUUUCUAAGCAUCUGGUGAUGGCACCUUUAUUAGCUUUCAAAAUUCUUUAAGUUUGCUGACAUGUUUUAUUCAGUAGGCAUAUGAGUUGGUUGUGUUGAUCUUUUGCCCAGCGUAUACCAUAACAGAGAUGGAUAUUACCGAACCUUUGUACUUUCUCGGGUGUCCUUCAGUGAUGGAAACACAUGGUAGCGUUAGAGGCAUUUA